AUGUCUAAAUGGACUCCUGAAUGUAAUAUAGUUUAUACUCUAAAAGUUCCUGCUGAUGCACCAAAGAGACAGGAGAGUCUGAAGGGGAUCCUCUUGAACCCUGAGCCUAUUGGGGCAGCCAAAAGCUUCCCUGCAGACGUUGAGAUGAUCGCCAGUAAAGUAGGGAAUGAGUUCUCUCACUUAUGUGGUGAUUCUCAAAAGCAGAAGGACACAAAUGGCAACCGUACAGACCAAGACAAAAGUAUUGUGGUGCGAAAAAAACGCAAGAGCCAGCAGGCUGGUCCCUCAUACACUCAAAACUGUCCUGACAAAGAAGACCAAGGAAUUUUAGGAUUAAGACAGCAUGUAGAAACACAGAGUGAAGACAAUGAUUCUUCUUUCAGUGACUGUAUCUCUUCGCCUUCAUCUAGCCUACAUUUUGGAGACUCUGACACAGUAACAUCUGAUGAAGAAAACGGCACUCCCGUAAGAUCCCCUCAGGCAGUGUUGAAUACUACAAGUAGAACUCAUAGCGCAAGGUCACAAAAGUGGCCUCGGACUGAGGCAGACUCUGUACCUGGGUUAUUAAUGAAAAGGCCCUGUUUUCAUAGCAGUUCUUUAAGAAGGCUUCCAUAUAGGAAGAGAUUUUUGAAAACUAGUUCAUCACAGCGGACGCAGAACCAAAAGGAACGAAUUUUAAUGCAGAGAAAAAAGCGGGAAGUGCUAGCUCGAAGAAAGUACGCUUUACUACCCAGCUCGAGCAGUUCCAGUGAGAAUGAUCUCAGUAGUGAAUCUUCUUCCAGUUCAUCAACUGAAGGGGAAGAAGACUUAUUUGUGUCACCUGGUGAAAACCACCAGAACAGUACAGCUGUUCCUCCAGGAAGCAUUGAUGAAGAUGUGGUGGUGAUUGAAGCAUCCUCCACUCCCCAGGUCACUGCUAAUGAAGAAAUAAAUGUUACCUCAACAGAUAGUGAAGUGGAGAUUGUCACAGUUGGUGAAAGCUACAGGUCUCGUUCAACACUUGGACAUGCAAGAUCCCACUGGGGACAAAGCUCUAGUUCUCAUGCUUCACGACCUCAAGAACAGCGGAACCGCAGUAGGAUUUCCACAGUCAUACAGCCACUGAGACAGAACGCAGCGGAAGUGGUGGACCUCACAGUGGAUGAAGAUGAGCCGACAGUUGUGCCAACUACGUCAGCUAGAGUGGAGCCAGAGGUCGUGAGUUCAGCUUCCAGUAACAGCACUAGUACAUCUACCUCAGAGCAGGCCUCUGAUGCAUCUCCAAACGUCUCCAACAGCCAGCCCUCUGCAGCACCAGAGAGGACUUCCAGUCUUCCCAGUGGCGGCACUGCUGGUACUUCGGCUGGAGAUGAUGUAAGAAGAACUGCAUCUAAUACGACACUGGAAACUGGCCCUCCGGCCAUGCCAAGGUUACCAUCUUGCUGCCCUCAGCAUUCUCCUUGUGGAGGACCUUCGCAGGCUCAUCAUGCACUGGGGCACCCACAUACAAGUUGCUUUCAGCAGCAUGGCCACCACUUUCAGCAUCACCACCACCACCACCACAAUCCUCACCCAGCCGUGCCGCUGUCUCCUUCGUUCAGUGACACCAGCUGCCCGGUUGAGAGGCCUCCUCCGGUGCCUGCACCUUGUGGAGCAAGCAGCAGCUCUGGCACCAGUUACCAUGACCAGCAGGCAUUGCCCGUAGACUUAAGCAGCAGUGGCAUAAGAAGUCAUGGAAGCGGUGCUUUUCAUGGAACAUCUGCUUUUGACCCUUGCUGUCCUGGCUCUUCGUCUCGAACUGCAAUUUAUGGGCAUCAGGCUGGUGCUGGCCCGAGCCAAUCAAUAACAAUAGAUGGGUAUGGAUCGAGUAUGGUUGCGCAGCCCCAGCCCCCUCCUCAGGCAUCGCUUUCUUCCUGUCGGCAUUAUAUGCAUACUCCUUAUGCUUCCUUGACCAGACCUCUUCACCAUCAAGCUUCUGCAUGUCCUCACUCUCAUGGAAAUCCUCCUCCACAGCCACAGCCUCCACCUCAAGUAGAUUAUGUUAUCCCUCAUCCAGUGCAUCCCUUCCAUCCUUCAAUCUCCUCUCAUGCAUCUUCUCAUCCUGUUCCACCUCCACCACCAACUCAUCCUUUAGCCAGUGCAGCUGCUCCAAUACCACAGCAUCUUCCUGCAACACACCAGCCUAUAUCCCAUCACAUCCCUGCAACAGCACCUCCAGCACAGAGGCUACAUCCUCACGAAGUGAUCCAAAGGAUGGAGGUCCAGAGAAGAAGAAUGAUGCAACACCCAACACGUGCUCAUGAGCGGCCUCCUCCACAUCCUCAUAGAAUGCAUCCCAAUUACGGUCAUGGACAUCACAUUCAUGUGCCUCAGACAAUGUCUUCUCAUCCUCGACAAGCUCCAGAGAGAUCUGCCUGGGAACUGGGAAUUGAAGCUGGUGUGACUGCAGCUACAUACCCGCCAGGGCCCUUGCAUCCCCACUUGGCCCAUUACCAUGCACCUCCUCGACUUCAUCACUUGCAAAUAGGGGCUCUUCCUCUAAUGGUACCAGACAUGGCGGGCUACCCUCACAUCCGUUACAUUUCAUCGGGAUUGGAUGGAACAUCAUUCAGAGGCCCUUUCAGGGGCAAUUUUGAGGAGCUGAUUCACUUGGAGGAACGAUUAGGCAAUGUCAAUCGUGGAGCAACGCAGGGAACUAUAGAAAGAUGCACAUACCCACAUAAAUACAAAAAGGUAACAACUGAUUGGUUCUCACAGAGGAAACUGCACUGCAAACAAGAUGGGGAGGAAGGAACAGAAGAAGACACAGAGGAAAAGUGUACCAUCUGUUUGUCUAUACUGGAGGAAGGUGAAGACGUCAGGCGCCUUCCAUGUAUGCACCUUUUCCACCAAGUAUGUGUAGAUCAGUGGUUGAUUACUAACAAGAAGUGCCCCAUUUGCAGAGUGGACAUUGAAGCUCAACUGCCUAGUGAAAGUUGACACUGCUUUCCAGAACUCUUGUCCUCCCUCUCGCUCCCUCUCAUUUUUCGUGGUACUGCAGUCAACCAAAGAUGGCAUGACUUAUCUGCGCAGAUUUGGAAGCAUUGAACCUAGAGUGCUGGCUCUGCUACAUGGUACAACUAAUGCUAUACCUACAGUUUAUGUGGAAGACCAUUGAGUUUCAGUGUAUUUAUAAAACUACUUUUUAGGUUUUACAUUUUUUCUUUUAUUUUGUUACUGUAUUUUUUUUGCAUGGUUCCUUGUAUUGCAUUUGUUUGCACAUAUUAUGGGCUUUGUGACCCCAAACUUGCAGGCAAGAUUAGCUGCUUUAGUAAGUAGAAAUGUGUGGUUUCUUCUUUUUGGUUUGUUUUACGUAGUAUCGAGCUUUGAAAGUAUGAUUUCACUCAUUACUAACCUCGAAUUCCUUAAUUUAAUCUAUCAUAUAUUUUAGUUUAAAUGUAUAAAGAUAAUCUAGAAAAGGAUAAUAUUAUGUAUAGAGACAUUCCUUAAUUAGGAAAAAAUGGCUGCUGUAUAUUUACAAUAUCA